AUGGCUCUCCCUGAGUUUUCCCAAUCUGUUAGCCUCGACUCACCGUCGAUUGCUGUUGUUUUCCUUGGCCUCUGGUCUCUGUGGUAUCUCUUCACCACCCUCCAUGCCAGUGUUACCGGCGUCAAGGCCCCCUUUGUUGGCUAUCGCGGCUUCUGGGAGCCGACCUGGCUGCUCCGGCUGCGGUUUAUCCGUGGCAGUCGAGGGAUCCUAGCCGAGGGUUACGCAAAGUUCAAAGAUUCUAUGUUCCAAAUCCGCCGCGUGGGCACCGACGUCCUGGUCGUCUCGAGCAAGUACAUGGAUGAGAUCCGCACUCUCACUCGCGAUGCCACUGGUUCUGUGCCUCCGCUGGUCCAGGACUUGCCGGGCGAAUACACGCACGGCAUGCCGUUCUUGCGCAGCGACUUGCAGAAUCGAGUAUUGCAGCAGAAGCUCACACCGAAUCUGCCGGCUUUGAUUCGUGAAAUGAUUGAUGAGCUGGAUUUUUCGGUACGGACCGAAAUGCCAGAUACAGAUGAUGAAUGGUCAGAAGUCAACAUCAUGCCGAUCCUCUCCCGCAUCAUCACCCGCAUCACGUCUCGCGUCUUCCUCGGCCCAGAACACGGCCGCAACGAAGAAUGGCUCAAGACAACAGUCGAGUAUACAGAGAACCUCUUCCUCACGGGCAUGGCACUGCGCUUCUUCCCCCGCUUCCUCCGGCCGGUCAUCGCCCCUCUCCUCCCCUUCAAACACCACCUGAACAAGAAUGUCGAGACAGCCCGUCGCAUCGUGGGUCAGAUCGUACGCGAGCGCAGAACCCUCCAGGCGGAACGACCAAUGCAGUAUACCAAACCCAUGGAUAUUCUGCAGUGGAUGAUGGAUUUGGCUACGGGCGAUGAGACCUCGCCUGAGGAUUUGGCGCAGCGGAUGCUGAUUCUCAGCGUGACGUCUAUCCAUACGACGACGUUGACCAUGACGCAGCCGAUUUACGAUCUCUGUGCGCAUCCGGAAUUCUGGGAUCCGCUGAGACAAGAGGUGGUUGAUGUACUCCGUGCUCAUGGUGGAUGGACAAAGGGGACGCUGAGUGAUCUCCGCAAAAUGGACAGUCUGUUGAAAGAGUCGCAGCGCUUUGGGCCUGUCUUCCUACUAACCUUCAACCGCAUCCUCCCCAAACCAAUCACCCUCUCCAACGGCCUCUCCCUCCCCGCCGGCAUGCGCGUCGCCGUCCCCUCCAACGCCAUGCUCAACGACCCCUCCAAAGUCCCCGGCGACAACGACCCCUCCACCUUCGACCCAUUCCGCUACUCCCGUCUCCGCGAGAAUAACCCAGAAAACAGCAACCGUCACCUCCUCGCCAUGGCUGACUACAACAAUCUCGCGUUCGGGUACGGCAAGUUCGCCUGUCCGGGCCGGUUCUACGCCGCGUACGAGAUGAAGAUGAUGCUUGCGCAUAUGCUUGUGUGCUAUGAGUUUCGGUUCCGCGAUGGGGAGUCGGCACGGCCGAGGAAUUUUACGAUCGACUCGGAUAUGUAUCCGGAUCAGUCGGCGAGGUUGUUGAUUCGGAAGAGGAGGCCUGAAGAGGGGAUGGGGGCGCUUUUGAGUACUGUUCCGGCUUGA